AACACAAUAAAGAGAACAGAGCAAAACAGACCACGUUCCUUACUCAGAAUCUUGCGCGCUUCUUUUUCCUUUUCAUUUCUCACACGUCUAUAGAUACCUGUCCCCUCAUUUUUGUAGAGGGAGAGAGAGAGAGAGAGAGAGAGAGAGAGAGAGAGAGAGAGAGAGAGAGAGAGAGAGAGAGAGAGAGAGAGAGAGAGAGAGAGAGAGAGAGAGAGAGAGAGAGAGAGAGAGAGAGAGAGAGACGUUACUCGUCUGCUAAACUCACUAAGUUUUUAUGGUCGUCUUGAGGGAAUGUUCCUGCACCAGCGCAACGUAUGUGACUGACAGCGCGAGACAGUCUGCAUUCGGCAUCGUGUUGACACGUCCUUUCGCGAGACCUCCUUGCUGCAGGGACAGAUCAGAGAUGAUUUGAAGAACUGCAGCAGACUUCCAGUGAAUCUGUUAACCCACAUUUUGUAGUUCAAUCCUGCCACAGCUGAUCAGUGGAUAUAGUCGCUUCAUUGCUCCAGACAAAAUGGCUUCCAGUGUGAGAAAAUGUCAGCACCUGUUUUUAGCACUCAUCUUUUUGCCUUUGAUCUCCUGCAUGCACCCAGACUGUGUCAUUCAGUUAGAGAAAGAAAAGUGCAUGGAAAGGAUGGAAAUGGAUGAUCCCGUCAGUGAACCUGAAUUAAUCUGUCGAUGGAUGUGGGACAAUCUCACCUGCUGGCAGCCAGCUAGAAUUGGUCAGGUGGUCUGGAUGCCCUGUCCUGAGUUAUUUGAAGUCAUGAGUGAAGAAAAUGAUGACUUUGGAAAGGUGAGCCGUAACUGCACAGAAUAUGGCUGGUCGGACAUGUUUCCUCACUAUGUUGACGUUUGCCCUUUUAAUGACAAUGGAACAAGCCCAGACAUGUACUACGUAUCAGUAAAAGCUCUGUAUACUGUGGGCUACAGCACCUCACUGGUGUCUCUCACCACUGCCAUGGUCAUUCUCUGCUGGUUCAGGAAACUACAUUGCACAAGAAAUUUCAUUCACAUGAAUCUGUUUGUGUCCUUCAUCCUGAGGGCAAUCUCAGUCUUUAUCAAAGAUGGUAUUUUAUAUGCAGAGGAGGAUGGCAACCAUUGCUUUAUACACACCGUGGAAUGCAAGGCGGUGGUGGUAUUUUUCCAUUAUUGUGUUUUAUCAAAUUACUUUUGGCUGUUCAUAGAGGGUCUGUACCUCUUUACUCUACUGGUUGAGACAUUCUUUCCUGAGAAAAGAUACUUCUACUGGUACACUAUUAUUGGAUGGGGUACUCCAACGAUAUGUGUGACGGUCUGGGCUGUCCUUAGAGCUCACUUUGAUAACAUCGGAUGUUGGGACAUUAAUGACAAUGCUGCCAUCUGGUGGGUGAUCAAGGGUCCUGUCCUUGCCUCUAUCAUGAUUAAUUUUAUACUCUUCAUUGGCAUCAUUAUAAUCCUGGUGCAAAAGCUGCAGUCUCCAGAUAUCGGAGGGAAUGAAUCCAGCAUUUAUCUGCGUCUGGCUCGCUCCACACUUCUCCUCAUUCCCUUGUUUGGAAUCCACUAUACUGUUUUUGCUUUCACACCAGAAGAUGUCAGCAAGAGAGAAAGACUUGUGUUUGAACUUGGUCUCGGCUCAUUUCAGGGUUUUGUAGUAGCUGUCCUUUACUGCUUUCUCAACGGAGAGGUGCAGUCAGAAAUCAAACGGAAAUGGCGCAGCUGGACAGUGAACCGCUACUUUGCUGUGGAUAUGAAGCACAGGCACCCAUCCCUGGCCAGCAGCGGUGUGAACGGGGGAACCCAACUCUCCAUCCUCAGCAAAAGCAGCUCACAGAUCCGCAUGUCCAGCUUGCAGGCUGAAACACCAGCCACAUGAGAGCUCAGAAAACCACACAUCCUUUAGAAGAACAGACUUAAUACCAAACCAUCUCAAAACUUGUUCUAAUAAUCUACAUCAAUAUCCAAGGCCUGUUUACUUUUCUCUUGGGGUCUAUAUUGAGUCAGUCAAAGCGGAACUGUACAUCUUCUGGCCGUCCGUGAGACCACAGGCUUUUGCUAUGGAAAUCUGAAUGAUCUAUUGUGUGCCAAACAAAGAUGGAUAUUUUGAUGUGGGCUUCUUGACUGGUUUGAUCUGAAAGGAAAGGAAUCAGACCACAGGUUUUGUACUAUUGAAUGCAUUGAAAUCCAGUGUUUCUGUCCGGUGAUCUACUGAUGAUGAGCUAAUGAAGGUGGAAACAAAGUGGAUAUUUUUGUACAUACCAACAGCGCUUCAGCCAUGGUUUUCUAUUUUGUGACACGCUAAUAAAGCAACGAGAUUCUCAAUAUGAUACAUUAUUUGAUCUCUGAAGUUGCAGUUGAGGAGAUUCUGUGUUGUUGCAGUAAAAGGGACACGUGACAUGAAAAGGUUCUUGAAGGAGGGCGAACCAUGUUUCCCACAGGAGUGAAUAAGUCCCUGACACCUGAUUCUUGAUACACAGACUUGUCAGUCAUGUAAUGUGUAAAUAUUUAAAUCGUAGAAUGAAGGACGGCAGAAAAUUCACAUCUAAGGAAACAUACCAUGAAUUAUCAGAUCUUUUGUGGUAUUUUUUAUAUUUGAAUGGAUGUUUUUUUUGGAAGUACGUUGUUGAAAUCUCUUACAUGGUCAUCAUGUGACAUAUUUUCAACAUUAAAUAAAAACCUCUGGGCUUCAAUCACAGCCUAAAAAGGAAACUUUAAACAUUUCAGUGGGAUAACUGAAUAUUUAAAGGUAUAAGACUUGGUUAGAUAGAGUUUUCUUCUGUGGAAUCUGAUUUCAUUUUAAACCUCAUGAGUGGAUUCCUGUUGUUCUUUAAAUGUGCGUUAAAUGUGCUUCUAGUUUUUUUAAUUGCCGCUAUUACAGAAAAUGUCAAAUAGAAUAUAAAAAUGCAACAAAACACAUGCCACUAGAUUUGGCAUAUUUACAGUAUACAGAAACUGGGUAAAAUGGGUAUAGUUUUGUCGCAUCCAUUUUUAUAUCAACAACACACACACACACGCACACACGCACGCACGCACGCACACACAUCGAGUGAACCAACACUAUAAGUCACCCAUAUCAGUUGAUAAUUUAAUCAACUGAGCUAAAUAUUCUAAAUAUAAAUAUAUAAGCUAUAUAUAAAUAUUAAAUUGAUUUUACAUGUUGAACUUUUUGAACACACUAAUCAUUUUCGGACUCAUCUUCUGAUAAUUGUAUAUAUUUAAUGUCAUACAAGUUUUUUUUCUAGUCUGGUAGUUCAACAGCAAGCAUUUACAAAAAGCACUUCUAAAAAUCCAAAGAUAUAUAUUUUUUGUGGAUAUUUUACCCCAUGGGACAUCAUUUGCCGUACUAGUUUGCAACGUAUUUAAAUCUUUGAAACUGCACUGCAUAUAAACUGCAUAUUAUGUCACUGCAUAUAAACUGAAAAUGUUUUUUAAGUGCCUUUUUUUUGGAAAAAAUCAUUUGUUUAAAGUUAAAUGGUCUGAAUCCCUCUGACAGCCAACAAGACAAUAGGCGAUCAAUGUGUCACUAAAGCUAAACAACAAUUUCCAUUUACUUUUUUGAUGGUUAUUUGAUAUUAUAAGCCAUUCUCAAUAAUUUAGAGAAUUACUGUACAUAAUUAUUUGCGUUUUACAACAGUUAUUUUGUGUGAGACGUGAAACAAACGUCUUGUCUCAAGUUUGAAUGAAAUUGGUCAUGAGACUUGUUGUGUCCUACUUAACUACUUAACUUUUUUUUAAAUAACAGUUUUUCCUAACUUUUUGAAGUAUUGUGAUUAUAGUGUUUAGAUGGAUUUUGUCACAAAACAAAUGCCUUGUUUUUUCAAACGAUAACUGCAAAAAGAAAAGGCACAUAAAGUAUAUACAUACUGUAUAUAUAAUACAGAUUGUAUGUUUUAUAUGAUCCAUAAUUUUAUUAAUAUGUAAAAAGACACUAUGGAUUUUGUUUUGGUAAUUCCAUUAGAUAUGAAGAAUAUGAAUGGUAUAUUAUUCAAUUUUACACAGAAUGAUUAAGCUGAACGUUUACAUUUAUUGAUAAAAAUGUCAUUUGGUGAAUUAUAGCCUGAUGUAUAUAUCUAGGAUGUAAAAUUACUUUAUUCCAAUACAUGCAAUUUAGCGAUGACAAAUUUAUGAUUAGCAUAUCAUUUACAAAUAAUUGUGAUAUAUCUUUUUUGCUCAGUGACAACACCAGAGUGUGUAGCCUUACACUCUGCUCAGUGUUUUCAUGUAUAUGACAGUAAAGUGGCUGUAGAAAUGCCUUGUGAAUACUUAAUGCAGAGAAAAGUAAUACAUUUCAUCAUAAAUUCAAACACAAAAGCUAAUAGUGUGCAUUUGUGGCUGUUUAACAGGUAAUGCACUGAAGUUGUAUAUAAUUUUUUUAAGUAAUUUGAAAGUUUGCCUGUGAUUAAAAAGCUCUUGGUGAUCAUGUUUAAA